AUGCAACCACCGACUUCGCCACGCCUGCCCGGCGUCCCGCUUCUCGCUCUGGACGCCACGGGAUCGGAAUAUUCGCGCUGGAAACGCAGCGUCAGGUUUGCUCUGGCUCAAAAGGAUACUUGGAAAUACUGUAAUGGCGCCUGUCCCAUGCCCAUGCCCAAGGAACGGUCGGCUUCAGCUUCAUGCGAAGAAGAGAUCAACGACCCGCAGCCCACUCUGCUGGGCGAGCGCCGAGCGUGGAUGCGGCAGGACCGCGAGGUCAAGCUUGACAUUUUCCUCUCCCUGGCCGAGGAAGUAAUGGAGGAUUUGUUCGACGUUGGCCAACCGCUUCCUCCAACGAAAUACACGGCAAAGCAGAUACUGGAAGCACUGGACGAACGGUUUCUUGUGUUUGAGUUUGAGGGCUACCACCAUGCGUUUUGCCACUUCUUGAAUCUGCACCUGGAUCAGUUUGCGAGCCUCGAGGACUUCAACAUCGAGUUUAUGACGGUACUGGAGGACCUGCUCGACUAUGGCCAGCCGCUUUCCAAUGCCCAGGCGUGCAGCGCGUACUUUUCCAAGCUACGGUGCACAGAAAACCCGUGGGUUGCCAAGAAAAUUUCAGAGUGGGAUGCAAAGUCGUCGGCAUUCCUGAUUCGCGACAUUAUGGAUGAAGCUGUGCUUUAUUCGAAUGCCAAUCCACUUGCGAGUAUGGCGCCACAGAACUGUCACGUGAAG